AUGAAACCGAAGAAAGACCCAUAUCUCGCAGAGGCUGCCGUGCCACCAGAGCUGAUGUAUGCGCCGAGCACGCCGAGCUCUCGAAAACCUGAGCAGAUCCAGGCCAAGGGCCAGCUGACCUCGACGACCGAUGCCGAGCCCGGCAAGGACGAUGUGAAAGCUGCCCGCCCAUCCUUGGAAGCUGCGAUACCCGAAGGUUCCGAGGCUCCUACUCCGGCGGGCGAGAUGGAUUUGGAGGAAGAAGAGGAUGAGUCGCCGGAGUACCGGCGGCUCUAUGCCAGGAUGGAGGCCAAGAUCCGCCGAAUGUGUACUCCGAGCAAUGUGUCGGGACGCACCACGGCGAGUCCAGAUCUGAUCCGAGAUUGGAAAGAAAAGGGGUAUAAACGUGUGCAGCUCGCCGAGUUUCAGCAGAAGGUGGAAUCCUGGAGAAAGACGGAGAUGUUCAGGAAGAAGGUUCAGAAGGUGAAGGAGUUCUGCGAGAAGCACGGCUUCGUACGGAAGAACCAGUACGACGAGGAUGAGACGGAGUACUGGGUGGACUUCAGAACUGAAGGUUCUCGUGGGACCAACGAGACUGACGGCUUGCUGGAGUCUCGGAGCGCGGACGUCACCGGGGCUGACGGCCUCAUGAGUUCUGGGUUGGACGAAGCUCCAAUGCCGGAGCUUCCUAUGGGUGGGGCACAUGCGCCAGGGAUGCGGAAUGAGAAGGAGCAGGACAGCUCCAAUACACUGAUCGAGAGGUUUAUCUAG